AUGUUGCUCUCAUUAGUUAAACAAGAAUAUGAAGAAGAAAAAUCUGUCAUUCUUCCGAUGAUGACUAAUAAUGAGAAUGAAAAAACCGGCGCAAGAAUUUCCGUCCUGAAACGUAGACAUUUAGAUUAUGCGAGACGUCAACAAUCAUUUUCGGUAUUAUUUUCAUUAAGUUCAUAG